CAAAGUCACUCCGGCCCCACCUCCACCUCCAGUAAUAAAAAAAAACUCCCAGUCUCUCUCCGUGCCGUCCGCUGUUCGGCUCCGGAAGUCCCCAUCCGCUCCACCUCUCCUCCUCCACUCCCCCGCCCCACUGAUCGCGGCGGUGAGGGUUCUUGGUGGCCAGCGACUCGACCUGAACGCGUGCGGCGCCGAUCGGGGUUUGGGUGUCGGAGGACGUGGUGUGUGGAUUGGAGGUUAUUAUGUAGGAUCUGGGGCGGAGGAUUUCAGUUCGAUUAUGCUGCCGUUUUAGUCUUCUCGACGCAUGUGUUUGCGAUCAUGCAAGAACAUGCUCUUUCUACAGCUCGUUGAAGUUUUAAAUUAUAUUGGCAUUCGUGUUGUCAAGUCUGAACUAAAGCCUCAGCCAAGGUGGCAUGUCUGCUAAGGUGCCAAGGUGCCUAGAAGUUUGUUCCAGUGGCAUGGCGGAUUGGGCCUCUAUUCAAACGGAUAUUCUUGGUAUAAUAAUAAAGAAGCUUCCAAUCCCUGAUUACAUUAGAUUCCGUGCUGUGUGCACAUCUUGGAACAACGUCUGCAAGGAUGUGUCAUACUGUCCAAGGGUGGACCCAUGGCUGAUGCUCCCCCCAAACCAGAAUCCUCUUGGUGCUCAGUUCUUUUGCAUUCCUGAAAGAAAGAAUCAAAGUAUCCGCCUCCCUAACACCGCCUCACUGUUCGAAUCGGUCUGGGCUCCGGUUGGUUCUUCCAAUGGAUGGCUUAUCUACUUCAGUCACACUUACGGAACCAUGCAGCUGGUUAACCCUGUAAGUGGCAAACAUAUCCAGCUCCCCCCGAUAGGGCGCAGGACCUUCUCUAAGGCCAAGCUGCUUGAAAUCAGCGAGAGGAACUUCAUCGUCGCUGUCCUCUAUGGUGAUGAGAAAGGCUACAAAAUAACACGGAAAGGGUCCAGCAACUGGUCGUCGGUCGAGUCAAAAUUCAUUUUGGAUGACAUCAUCAAGCAUGGAGGCCGGCUAUACACGUGCGACAUGUAUGGCACAGUGGAGAUGUGGGCAGAGCCGCCCCGCGCAUGGCCAGACGAGGAAGUCACGCAUCGGUGGAGGUUCCGCUGUCUUAUAGAGACCCCAGCUGGUGAUCUGGUCAGGGUUAAGCGCCUGUGCCAGAACAAGUUUGCUGUUUGGAUAUUGGACAAGGCGAGCUCUUCCUGGGUUGGGACCGAGAACAUUGGGGAUCUCGCGCUGUUUGUGAGCCACUACAACUCAUUCUGUUUCCCUGCCAGUGGCCAGCCCAACCUGAAAGCGAACUGCAUCUACUUCAUCGACAUCUACAACAACCUGUGCGCUUUCAACCUUGAGCAUGGGACCAAGGAACUCGUCCAAACUCUUACCAUCGGCCGAGGCCAAGGGCGCAAUGACUACCACCGCUGGCCUGAGCGAGACCAGGUCUUAUGGUUUAUCCCUUCACUAAAGUAAAUACUGAAGGUAAUGGUGGAUGAUGCGUGUCCGUUUACCCACCCAGAGAUGGAGCUCAUAUAGUACUGUAGGCUCCUCCUAUGGACGGCCAUUUAUCCCGAUAUGAAGGUCGUAUAGUAUCCUGUAUUUCCAAAGUAUUGGAUGUCGCACAUGCAACUGCAGGUCUAUGUAUAUGAGUACCGAACAUCGUCUUAACUUGUUGCUAAAGCAACUGUUUGAACCAUUUGAAGCUUUCGUUUCAAGCUGUCUUGGCCUGUAAACUAUUCCGAAUUUUCAAGUUCCUUGAGGAUUGAAAAAAAACCUAGAAAGCUUCCUCAGUCAA